AUGGGCCGGCGCUCUAGACGUUUUGCCGCACGGGUGGCUGCUGUGGGAGUGGCGUUUGUCUCCAGUUGGGCGUUGUACCACCGCUGGCAGCUGCGGCGCAGCGCUGUCGUUUUGUUGCCUGUGGAUACGACGAUGAACAUGCCACAAUCCCACGCCAUGAGACUACAGUUACUUGGGAGUAGCACUAAGAAGGAGCCGUUUGAUGUACUUGUUAUUGGCGGCGGCGCGACGGGGCUGUACACCGCCGUGGAUGCUGCUCAGCGUGGGCUGCGCGUCGCUCUGGUGGAUGCCGAUGACUUUGGCGCCGGCCACACAGGAACGUCGCCGCCGCUUAUUCCCGGUGCAUUUUCAUAUAUUCAGCGAGCAUUGCGUCAACGUGAUUUAGUUUGGCUCCGUCGUGGUGUGGAGGCAUGGCGGGCGUUAACUGUGUGGUCAAAUGUGGCACCAGGGCUUCUUGAGAAUGGCGUCUCCACCCUUGUUUUAUCGUGUCAUUUAUUAGAAUUGAUGGAAUUAACAACAGCCGCCGUUAUCGCAACACUGUUAAGUGCGUUUUCAGGUGACUGGAGGCCAUUUAGGUUUGUGCGAGGCAAUGUGUUGCGGAAGGAGCUUCAGGAAGCAGGAAAAGGUAUGCGAGGAGGUAUUCUUGUAGAGGAUGCCUUUUUAGACGGCAACGCGGCCUCCAUUGCGCUUGCUCGCACUGCUGAGGCGUUGGGUGCGGUGGUACUCAACUACGCGUCUGUAACGAGCAUCACAAACGUGGAAACAACAGCGGAGUUGAAGGGUCAGGCGAACUUUGCUGUUAUUGUAAACGAUGUGAGUACGCCAAGCGGCGUGGGUGAGUUAGCCCCACGAGCUGUUACAGUGUACACGCGCAGCAUAGCGAAUUGCGCGGGUUCUUGGGUUGAUGAAGUAAAGCAGCUGGUGCCAGGAAAUGCGAUGGAUGCGGUGCCGAGUGCUGUGAAAAGGCAUCAAGUGAGGUCCUACCUCGUACUGCCUCGAACCGCGGUGCAGACUGCCACACCGAACAAUGCGGAUCUUCUUUUUGGUGCCGAUGCAUUUUCCGUGGCACCGACGUCUCACAGCUUCUCUUCUGUCAUGAUGUUGCCAUGGUUUGAUGGUUGUGUAUUAAUUGGCCCGAGCCUCUCUUCCUUGUUCCGACUUCCUAGCAAAAGCUAUGCCGUGGCACCAACGACCGUAUUGACGCUGGCUGGCACGAAAAAUAAUAAUGGUUGUAAUAUUCACGAUGUGUACAUAAGCCAACGGAAACAUCUUUUCCGCGCUUUACAAGUCUCUGGCGUAAAAGUGGAUGAGGAGCGUGUCUUGUCUUGUCUCUCCUCCAUUGUGCCAAUUAUUGCAUCUCCCCCACAUGUUCCUUUGGCAAAGGACAUCUUUAUGGAGGGCUGCCACAUCAGCUCGGGGAAGGAGCAGCCAAACGUUGUGCAUGUGUACGGAGGGACGUUAGGUUUUGCUAGAGACAUUGCGGAGAAGGCUUUGGACCGACUGCUGCAUGAUAGCGGUGCAUUUUCAACAGCGGAAACAGCCGCACUGAGGCCAUGCCAGACGUCUCGUCUGGCAUUAGUUGGAGCGCAGUCAAGGGAUGCCACCAGCGAUGUUGUCUCGCCAGUGAAACGUAUACAGAGGAUUGUGCGUGAAGAGUACGCGGCACGUCUGCUAGACAUUGUUGCGCGGCGGAAACACACCGCAUACAGUAGCCCCGCUGAGGCGUUGGCAGCUCUUCCCGCCAUUGCAGAGAUCAUGAGGUGCGAAUUAGGGUGGACUGCGGAGCGAACGAAAGUGGAGUUGGAAGUGACAAAAGCCUUCAUCCGGAGUAUCAGUUUUGCGUGA